GCGGGCGGGGCCAGCGGCCCCGCACUACAAGUCCCAGGCUGCGCUGCCCGGCCCGGGCUUUCCUUCCUGUGCGGCGGGAGGGAAGAUGGCGGCGCUGAGCAAGAUCGGCGCCCUCCUGAAGAAUGCCUGGGCCAAGGAGCCCGUCAUCACCGUGUCCUUUGCCAUCGGCAUCCUGGCCGCGGUCACGCCGCUGCUCAGCCCCUACACGAAGUACUCCGGCAUGAUCAACCGAGCGACGCCCUACGUGUACCCAGUGCCUGUGCGAGAUGAUGGCAACAUGCCUGACAUCCCCUCCCACCCCUGCGACAAGGAGGGGCCCAGCCUGGACUGGCUGAAGAAGCUGUGACAUGGCCGGGGCCCUGGGGAGGAGGUCGCCAUGACAUGCUGGCUGCAGAGGGAGCCUUCCCCCAGGCUGGGUCAGCGCGCUGCCCCCUGCUGGCUACAGGGGGGCUGGUUCUCUCUGCCUCCCCCCCAUGGAUGUAAUAAAGGUUUUGACUUGAG